AUGAACUAUAAAUUCGAUACCAGUGAUUUGACCCGGCGUCUGAAGCGAACGUUUGAUGGAAAUCUUUCCUACCGUAAGCUGUUCUUGCUGCUGUUUGUGGUUGCUGUUUUGCUGCUGUACAUAGGACCGUCAUUUCUGCGAUGGUUGUUCGGUCAAACGGAACCAACGAGAGAUCAACCGAUGCGAUGUAUGGAUGAUCGAUUGACACCGUUUUAUCUGCAAAACCUCGAGUAUAACGUCAACAUUCGCCAUCAACCGGCAUACCCUCACGAACAUGACGCAAUCCCGUACGUUGGCAAUGGUUGGUUUGGGCUGGAAAUACACACCGACGCUCAUCUGAACAUUUUUCAUGGUCGAGCACUUUUGCAACCCAUCAACUUCCAUCCGAUCGUUAGUGUGGCCAGCCCGGGCCAGCCGGCUAGAGAAGCGACCGUCGUCGAAUACCUUACUGGCAUUGUGCACAGGUUUCAGUGUUUCCCGGAUGGUUAUCAUGUAUCUUAUCAGUACUAUGCCCAUCGUACGAUGCCGUCCGUAUUGGUGCAAGAAAUUCAGCUAACAAACACCAAGAAUCAGCUAACGGACAUAGAGCUGAUCGUACCGCGUAUUUCGGAUUGGCCAUCUGCUAUCGUAAAAAACGUGCGGCUUCAGCAUGGUUCCGCCAUUUUGGAGUAUCAGGUCGUUACAGGAAUGGUUAAUGUAUUACCAAUUGCGGGAAAUACGGAAGAAAACAAGGUGCGUGUGGUGUCGAUUGUCGCUCGUAAGUUACCCCGUGUAAUUACGCUAAAAAAACGUGGCACCACAAAACUGGAGCUGUUGCUCACUGUGAAUUAUUCGGAACCGUUACCACGUGACAAAUACGCUGCUCACAAAGAAAGUAUCGAAAAACAAGCAAUCGAUGUCAUGAACAGGGCACUGCUGGCGGCGGAACACGGCGAGCAUAACGCGUAUCACAACUUCAAACGGGAUCACAUUCUCGUUUGGAACAAUUUGUGGGACACGGGAUUUCACAUCAGCACUUCAAAGGCUGAGAAUACCCUAAACGGUAACAACAUCAAUGCAACCAUGUAUGCGGUCAUAUCGCAUACCAGGGCUUACGAGUUUGAGCAGUCGGUGACAGUGGGCAGAAAAGAAGACAUUGCUCGUUCACUCACGUAUGCGGAAGGAUGCUACGACAGUUAUCAUACGCUCCAGGCGGAGAAUUUGUGGAGACCGAUGACAACGUUCGAGGAGCUGAAUGCAGUCGUGGGCUCUUGGAUGUUGACUUUAGAGAAGCAGGGAUGCCAUAACCUUAUAAAAGCUGGAGCAAGUGGCAUUGUGCAAGCGAUGGUGCUUAGCUUCGGAGGGUUCCGGUUCAGCAACCAGCACCUGGAGUUAAACAUUCACCCGAAGUAUCUACAUCGGGAUUACGAUUUCCGUCGUUUGAAUUACGGUAAUAUGACGCAUCUAAACAUUUCGAUUACCGUUCGGGACGAUAACAAAGCGGUUCUGCACGUGGCAUUGGAUCGAUCGGAUCGCAACUAUUACGCCUGCGAUGCUGGCUGCUUGGAUGAUCCGGUGCAGUUACGCCAGUCGCGGGCUAUAUUCCCUGUGAAGCUUACCGAACCGGUCACGUCCAUACUGUACAUAACGUCAGACAAGAAGCACAUGGAAGAUCUCCGACAUGCAAUCCAUGUUAAGGAGGUUGUGGAAGCACCGGCUCACGAGCAUCAUGUGAUUGCGCUUCAUCGACACGGCCACCAUUUGGGUGGAUUGCCGACGCUGUUUUGGGUUUCCAUAUGUGUCAUCAUCAUCGUGUUUCACGUGUUCCUCUGCAAGCUCAUAGUGAAGGAAUACUGUGAACCGCCGGACAAGAUGAGGUAUCGCUACAGCAAACCUUGA